AUGGGUAUCCAACGGAGUAAUAUUGCGAGAGCGUUAGCUUACACUCUCUUCAUAUUCAUAUUAGUAGUGGCGGUUCAAUCGGUGAAAUAUGAGGAUUGUGAGGCCACUACGUGUAGCAAGAGUGAUCUGAACAUAAGCUAUCCCUUUUAUGUUCGUGGACGUGGGAAGGAACUUUGUGGCUACCCCAGCUUCGAGGUUAGCUGCGAAGGAGGGGAAACUAUGUAUGGCAACUUCUCCAUCCGAAGCAUCUCUUAUGAGACGCAAUCCUUCGAGUUAGCGAAUCGGUAUAUGACUGACACUGGUUGCAUGGUUCCUCAUGCCUUCAGUUAUUAUCAUGAGAAGCUCUUCCAGAGCUCCAUGGAGGCCGAUGUGGCCGGUCCUAUGAGAAAGACUUUGUUUGCUAUUGCUCUGAUGGAUCCUAUCAGGAAAAAUGUGAUGCUGUUGCUUCAUUUUGUGGGGGUGGGUGCUGUUGCAAUGGUUCUAGCAUAUCUUUGUAAAAAGAGAUUUUGCAAUCAGAAAUCCAUGGUCCGAUGGAGCAAGAAGAUGAAUGGAUUUGAUAAAUUUGAGGUCAUUUUUGAAAAUCAUGGUUUCUGCUUUCACAAAACCAAAAGGGCUCUUGUCUAUGAGUACAUGGUCAAGGGAUCACUGGAGAAACUCAUAUACAAAGAGAACUACAACAAAUUAAGUUGUUGCUCUCUUGGAUGGGACACCUUGAACCAAAUCUCCCUAGGCAUAGCUCAAGGGCUCGAAUACUUGCACCAAGAUUGCAACUUGAGAAUGUUACACCUCGACAUAAAGCCGCACAAUAUUCUUCUUGAUGAAAAUUAUCACCCCAAGAUCUCCGAUUUCGGCCUUGCAAAAAUAUACCAUCAAGAUGAGAGCACCAUCUCACUAUUUGGGGCACAAGGGACCAUGGGGUUUAUUGCCCGGAAGUCUUUUGUCAGAACUUUGCAAGAGCUUGGACUGUGGAAUAUUGACAAUGAAGGAGAUAGAGAGAAGGCUAAGAAGAUGAUAAUAGUGAGCUUGUGGUGCAUACAAACCAAUCCUUCAAAUAGGCUGACAAUGAGUGAGGUGGUGGAUAAGUUAAGAGGCAGUGUUGAUUGCUUGCAAGUUCCUCCCAAGCCUUAUUUGUCUUCUCCAUCAAGAUCAUCACCAACCACUUCGCUGUCCAUGAUUGUGUGA